AUGGAUCUGCUCAAUACGUAUAGCCCGAAGCAUCUCUCUAUCUUGUCGGCCGUCGCCGCGCACGUAAAAGAGGUUCUGUUUCUUCCGUCUACAGUGGAAGAGCUGCUUGAAAACCUAGAGUACCUGCACAAGUGUGUCAGCAAGGUUCGGGUCAAGUGGCAGGCAAUAUCAAAGGACAUCGGUAUCACAGGACGGGAAGCAUAUAGAUGGUAUAACGAGGUGCACGUCCGUAAGCUGUUUCGCGGUAUCAUGACCCCCGAGGACCGCCAAGCCCUCCAAGGGAUUAUUCUACAAGGAAUUUAUGACAGAAGCAUCCUUCUGCCUAACUUUCGGAAGGUUGCUCGGUCUAAGCUGUGUGCUGAUUACCCUCUCCAGAUCUUCACAAUGACAUACAAUAACCUUUUGCGGUCGAAGACUGUGCGAGAGGCUCUGAUCUACGAGAGGGUGCUGCUCCCGAUGCGCUCGGCUCCCUCCAGGCCGUCCAGGCAGCCCGCCCCCGAGGUGUCUGGGCCCGCUCCGGUUAGCCAGGUCGCCAUGGAACCCCCUCCGUAUUUUCCACGAUUUCCCUCUGUGGCUCCCCCGCCCCAGAUGGUUCCACCUUACAUGGCUCCUCCACCCCACAUGCGCCAUCCAUUUUUCGGUAUAGAGUCCCACCAGGCCCAAAGCUGGCCAAAUCCUUUUGCUUGUAGCGUUCCACUGGAUAGAGUUUAUCCCUACUCCUAUCCCUAUCCAUACUCGGGUGAGUACGCGCACAAUUUCGCUCCCGAUGCGCCUCUCCCUGGUAUGAGAGACGCCCCCAUGGGCAACUCGGGAUUGUACCUGAGUACUGCCCCGGACAUGAAUUCGUCUUGUUCUGGUCACUCGUUUUUCGACGAGAUAGCCAAUAAAAGUGAUAGCAAUCAGGUUCUAUUGGCUUCUAGCGUGGCCCAAGGAGACUAUUCUUCUGGUUCGAGCUACGAUCAUAUGCAUGUAUAG